AUGACGUACACAGGCCAAGUCCCACCCUCGCUGGCGGACAAGAUCGAUCCCCGCAUCGUGCCUUUCUUCGAACGCUUCUACCACGUCUCCGACACGCCGAGCGCGCACGACGACUAUGCGGAUUCGUUCCUCCCGGACGCCGACUUCGUCAUGGGCUCCAAGGGAGUCAAGGGCCGUGACCAGGUGCUAGAGCUCCGCAAGAGCCUCUGGACGGGGCCGGUUGUGACCAGGAAGCACAAGCUCGACAAGAUCUUCCCGUUUGGCGAGGGGAGCCUCGAGUGCAUGCUGUACGGCACGGUGGACUACGGGUUGAGGAACGGCAAACAGUUGACCAUUGAGUGGUCCGCCAGGGCGGUGCUGGCGGAGCACGACGGGAAAGACUUGAGGUUCAAGUUGUAUCAGGUCUAUUUGGAUCCCGCGCCUGUUGCAGCUGCUGCGAAGGAUUAG